AGAACCAAAACCCAAAAUCAAUUAAACAAAAGCCAUCAAAUAUACUCCAUGAGCAAAGAGAGCUGGAACAUGGCUGCGACCCUUUGUGAUUCCUGCAAAACAACGUCGGCAGCUUUGUUCUGUAGAGCAGACUCCGCCUUCCUCUGUAUACCAUGCGACGGCAAGGUCCACGCGGCGAACAAGCUCGCGUCUCGCCACGCGCGUGUGUGGAUGUGUGAUGUUUGUGAGCGAGCUCCGGCGAGCUUCACCUGUAAGGCGGACGCUGCCACCCUCUGUGUUACCUGUGACCGCGAAAUCCACUCAGCAAACCCCCUCGCCCGCCGUCACGAGCGGUUUCCGGUGGUGCCAUUUUAUGAUCCUGCAACUGCCGUGUCGAAGGUAGGUGGUGGAGGUGAUAAUGAUAAUGAUAACAACGACCACCAUUUCCUAUUGGAUUUUGAUGUUAACGUCGCCGGAACUGAAGCUGAAGAAGCGGAAGCUGCUUCGUGGCUUAUCCCAGAUCCAAAUAUAAACAAAAUCGUUGAUGGAUCUGAGGAUGAUAAUAAAUCGGAGUACUUGUUUAACGAGAUCGAUCCAUACCUUGAUAUAGAUCUGAAAACGCCGGAUCAAAAGGCUAAUCAGAUCAUUCGCAGAUACAAUUCCCCAACCGAUGGAGUUGUUCCGGUGCAAAACAAGAUCGAAAAUCGCCAUUACCAGAUGCCACCACAUGCACAUGCUUCUUCUCCAGAUGUAGUGGAGGGAUUACCUGCAUAUGACGUCGAUUACACCGGAUCUAAGCCUUUCAUGUACAACUUCACCUCUCAAUCCGUCAGCCAAAGCGUAUCAUCAUCUUCACUGGAAAUCGAAGUAGGCGUCGUACCGGACCACAACGCAAACGCAACCAUGGCGGAUGUAUCAAACAACCACCACCACCCAUCAUUACCGGAAGUAUAUCCGACUCCUGUGUCGGGUUUCGAUCGUGAAGCCAGGGUUUUAAGAUACAAAGAAAAGAGGAAGAACAGGAGGUUUGAGAAAACGAUUCGAUAUGCUUCGAGGAAGGCAUACGCAGAAACAAGACCCAGAAUUAAAGGACGAUUCGCCAAGCGAACUGAAAUCGAUCUAGAAGUGGAAGACACCUUCAUUUCCCCAGAUUCCUCAUACGGCAUCGUUCCAUCCUACUAAUUAUGUUUUUCUUUUACAUUUUUUUCGUCCAUGUGUGUUUUUUGUUAAUCCAUGUGUAUAUAUAUUAGAUGACCUCUUAAUCAAGUACUAUUUAUAAUAA